UAUAUUCUGUACAUAGUAACUUUACCUUACAAAAAAAUGUCAACAAACUUUGACAGAUAGUUGACAGCUGUUAAUUUGAAGAAAAAGGCUUUCUGGACAGUGACAACACGUUUAAGUAGUACAUGCUAAUGCUGCUUUACCAAUGUGGUAUGCUAUGGAGAAUGAACAGAAUAUGUAUGCUUUAUCAGAGCGUCUGAUUCGAGCAAUCAGUAAUUGGCAUUUAUGUGUUCCCUCUGUAGACGACAUAGAAGAUCUUAUUGAUGCAGGGGCAGAUGUUAACAGACUGCAUGGUACUUUGUUACCCCUCCAUUGUGCCUGUAUGGUCAGCGACAAUGAAACUCUCAAGUUAUUGUUGGACAAAGGUGCUAGGGUAAAUGAUGCUGACGGUUAUGGGAGAACAGCUUUACACUAUGCUGCUGAGCGAGAUUCCGUUUGUACAGAAAUGUUGAUAGAACAUGGAGCCAACGUAAAUGCAGGAGAUGCUAAUUCAAACACUGCUUUACAUUGGGCAGCAUUUAAGAGCAACGAACCAUGUGUUAUAUUGUUAUUAAAGAAUGGGGCCAAUGUUGACGCCCAUGAUUUCAAUGAUGACACACCUCUCAGUUGGGCAGCUAGAAAAGGCAGUGUAUCUAUAAUAAAACUCCUUUUAGAUUACAAUGCUUGUGUCAAUUGUAAAAAUCUUCGUGGACUUACAGCAUUACAUAGGAUAGCAUCAGUAUUAGCUAGUGGACUCAACACAGAUGCGGACAGUGACUGCAUGGAGUUAUUGCUGAGAGCUGUUGGUCAGUUUGACUUUCGAAAUGAGAAUUCAGAACUUCCGGCUGAUUUAGCUAGAGACAAUAAGUUAUGCGAAACACUGUUACCACUCUCACAGAAUGUUCGACCAUUGGAAAAUCUAUGUCGUUUUACUAUUAGGAAAUUUUUAGGCCAAAGAUACUUGCCAAACGUUGUACCAAAGUUACCUCUUCCUAGAUCUAUUCAAGAGUUAGUCUUGUUAAAAAAAUGAAUUUUAAAUAGUAUAUAUAUAUUUGCAUUAUGGAACAGUACACACUAGUAACAUGUACUACAUUGUAUGGAUUCAUUUAUUUCGUAGGUACCAAUUUUGUGAACUAAGAAACACUUGUACAUGUAUUUUCAUUAAUAAUCAAUUUUAUUGUUUUGAUAAAAUUUGUAGUCACAAGCCCAUAGGCAUAGAAAAUAUAAACUUUAUCAAAUUUUUCAAAGAAAUUUACAGUUCAUCUGUACCAAAACAUUUAACAAAAAUUGGUUUCUCACAAAAAUAAAAAUGAAUCCACAUGAAGUCUAGAAAAUUCUUCUUAUUGGUAAUCUUUCAUGAUAUAUACAUGUAUAUACUGCUGAAAAGGGCUAGUUCACUCUUUAAUAUCAGGGCUGUGUAUUUCAAUAGGUAAUAUUUGAAAGUAUUUACAAAUGGUAAUUAUCUUUUAUCAUCAAAGAUGCCCUUUAUUAUACCAUUAUAUAUAAUUAGCAUGAUUAGGAACAAAUGAGUCAAGUCAAAAAAGUUGUA